CAGCAGAAGCCCAUGUGCAGACUGUCAUUCAGUUACCUGUCAUGGCUGCCCCCAGUAGCUGCCGUGCGUAGCGGUAGUAGUGCCCAGCACCAUGGCAGCCCUUUCCUCCCCGGCCGUGUGCAGGCGGCUCCUGUCUCUGUGCCCCAGGCCUUGGCAAUGGCACAGAGGGUUCUGCAGGACACCAGGGCUCUGGGCUGAGGAGGAUAUCUCAUCAUUGUUGGAAGCCUCAGAGUUAGAGGGCCAAAGGGAGGGAAAUGCCAAACCCUCCAGGAGAUCCCCCACUGAGAGCACCGUGGUGCUAUUCCCAGGGCAGGGCAGCCAACAAAUGGGCAUGGGCAGAAGCCUCCUGAAAUACCCCAACGUGAGGGCAAUGUACAGUGCAGCUCGCCAGGUGCUGGGAUAUGACCUACUAGAUAUGUGCCUCAAUGGUCCCCAGGAACUUUUAAACAAGACAGUGCAUUGCCAGCCGGCUGUUUUUGUCACUUCUCUGGCUGCCACUGAGAAGCUGAGUCAGGAGGAUCCCUCAGCUAUUGAGAUGUGUGUAGCAGCUGCUGGAUUCAGUGUUGGGGAGUUUGCUGCGCUAGUUUUCGCUGGUGCUAUGGAUUUUACAGAAGCGCUCUAUGCAGUAAAGAUCCGUGCUGAGGCUAUGCAGAAGGCAUCCGAUUCUGUCCCUAGUGGCAUGAUGUCUGUAAUGGGCCAGCCUCAGACCAGCUACAGCCUGGCAUGCCGGGAAGCCAGAGAGCACUGCGCUUCCUUAGGUGUAGAAAACCCCGUCUGUGAGGUGGCCAAUUACCUGUUCCCUGAUGGCCGCGUCAUCGCCGGGCACUUGCAGGCCUUGGAGUUUUUGCAGAAGAAUUCUCGGAAGUACAGGUUUCUGCGCACUAAAAUGUUACCGGUCAGUGGGGCUUUUCAUACACGACUAAUGGAACCAGCCACAGAACCACUUGACAAGGUCUUGAAGACUAUAGACUUCAAACAGCCGUAUAUAUCUGUACAUUGUAACCUAGACGGCAAGAGGUAUAACCACGCACGCAGUAUCCAGCGCAUGCUGGUAAAGCAACUGAUCUCCCCAGUGAAGUGGGAACAAACUAUGCAUUCUAUAUAUGAAAGGAAAAAAGGAACAGAUUUUCCACGGACCUUUGAAGCAGGACCUGGGAAUCAGCUGGGAGUUAUCCUGAGGAAGUGUAAUCUAAAAGCGUUUAAUUCCUACCAAAACAUUGAUGUGUUUAAAGAUGAGGAAGCUGGGAGAACUUGAUGAGGGUUUUUUUUUAUAAAAGUGUCAAAUUUUCCCAAUUUUUAUUUGGGAACGCUGUAUAGUAAUAUAACAUUGUAUAAAUAAAAUGUUUAUUUUUCUCCUGUGGUAUUUACAGAAUAAACUGCACCCGACAAUAACAUCAUAUUAUUUGUCACACCAGAGCUUGACAGUAGCAGUCUAGACACAUUUUUAGAAGCCGGUGUCUUUCAUAAAGGAACUCAUUUUAUGGGCUAAAAGGUUACAAGAUGGUGCAUUGAUUAUAAUAAAGUAACAAAGUGUGCUGAUGUGA